GAAAGCACAGAGUCCUAACCACUGGACCACCAGGGAAUUCCCGUAUAUUGAGAUUCUAACCUGUCACAUCCCCUCCUCUGACUGCCACCUUCCAGAGCUGGGCCCGGCCUUCCUUCAAUACCCUCCAGCUUUCUCUGGCUGUCGUGUGGAGAAGUGGUUGCUGCCCGGGGAGAGGAAGCCUGGAGACGCGCCCAUUAGGAGCAAGUUGGAGCACUGGGAGAGAGCCGUGCUGGCCGUGCCGCUGAGGCCCGGCCCUCUCUGCCUGGAGGUGGGGGCCGCCAGGAUGAGCAAGCUGUCCGGGGAGCCGGCCCGCGACCUGGAGCGCAGCCUGCCAGCCGUGGCCUCCCUCGGCGCCUCGCUGUCCCACAGCCAGAGCCUCUCCUCGCGUUUCCUCCCGCCGCCUCGCGAGAAGCGCCGGGCCAUCUCCGACGUCCGCCGCACCUUCUGCCUCUUUGUCACCUUCGACCUGCUUUUCAUCUCCCUGCUCUGGAUCAUUGAGCUGAACACCAACACAGGCAUCCAGAAGAACCUGGAGCAGGAGAUCAUCCACUACAGCUUUAAAACCUCCUUCUUUGACAUCUUUGUCCUGGCCUUCUUCCGCUUCUCCGGACUGCUCCUGGGCUAUGCUGUGCUGCGGCUCCGGCACUGGUGGGUGAUUGCGGUCACCACGCUGGUGUCCAGUGCAUUCCUCAUUGUCAAGGUCAUCCUCUCUGAGCUGCUCAGCAAAGGGGCCUUCGGCUACUUGCUCCCUAUCGUUUCCUUCGUCCUCGCCUGGUUGGAGACCUGGUUCCUUGACUUCAAAGUCCUACCCCAGGAGGCUGAGGAGGAGCGAUGGUAUCUUGCUGCCCAGGCUGCUGUCGCCCGAGGACCCUUGCUCUUCUCCAGCGCCCUGUCCGAGGGCCAGUUCUAUUCACCCCCAGAAUCCUUUGCAGGGUCUGACAGUGAAUCAGAUGAAGAAGUUGUUGGGAAGAAAGGCUUCUCUGCCCAGGAACGGGAGUACAUCCUCCAGGGGAAGGAGGCUAUGGCGGUGGUGGACCAGAUCUUGGCCCAGGAGGAGAACUGGAAGUUUGAGAAGAAUAAUGAAUAUGGGGACACUGUGUACACCAUCGAGGUUCCCUUUCAUGGCAAGACCUUCAUCCUGAAGACCUUCCUGCCCUGCCCCGCGGAGCUGGUGUACCAGGAGGUGAUCCUGCAGCCCGAGAGGAUGGUGCUGUGGAACAAGACGGUGACAGCCUGCCAGAUCCUGCAACGAGUAGAAGACAACACCCUCAUCUCCUACGAUGUGUCUUCAGGGGCCGCGGGCGGUGUGGUCUCCCCCAGGGACUUCGUGAACGUCCGACGCAUUGAGCGGCGCAGAGACCGAUACCUGUCAUCGGGCAUCGCCACCACCCACUGCGCCAAGCCCCCGACACACAAAUAUGUCAGGGGAGAGAAUGGUCCUGGGGGCUUCAUCGUGCUCAAGUCAGCCAGUAACCCUGGAGUCUGCACCUUCAUCUGGAUCCUUAAUGCAGAUCUCAAGGGCCGCCUACCCCGGUACCUCAUCCACCAGAGCCUCGCAGCCACCAUGUUUGAAUUUGCCUUUCAUCUGCGGCAGCGCAUCGGAGAGCUGGGUGCACGGGCAUGAGCUUGCCCCCUCCCCACCCUGCGGGCCAGGGUCCUGUCGCCACGGCCUCCAGAGCCAGAGGAGGGGUCGUUGGGCUUCCCGCUGCCCAAAAGGACCUGGCCUCAAACAGUGGGGAGGAAGGAGCUUCCUCCCACAGCAGCCCCUCGGCCCCAAGCUGCCACCCUCCACGCGCUUCACUGUGCCUGGGAGCCCUGGCUGUGGGCAGGUCGAGAGC